AUGUCGGUAAGUUUUUGGUCCUUCCGAGGUGUUAGUUGAUCUAAUCCCAAGAUGUGUUUCAGCUUGCUCCAGGCGGUCGUGACUUUUAUCCCCCUACUGGUUACAAGGUGAAUCCGUGAGUUUAUCGGUAAUUGUGUCAUUACUCCUGACUGUUAGAUUGCCUCAAAAGAAUGUGAGAGAAUUGAAGUCGGAGCUCCAUCGGUCUGUGUUGGAAGAGACACAAAAUGCCCCUGGCUAUCGGUGUGGAGGCCAGAGAAAGCAGAAAUGGGUGGUCAGAUGUGCCAGUUGUCAACUUGUGAUUACCAGGGAACAAGCAUUGAAGGUAUAUUCAGCUGUCUGAUUUAUUUAUUACUGUAUUCAGACCAAUGUUGUCUACACGUUGAAUAAGUUCUGGCAUCGGGAUCAUCUGACUUGUGUUCGCUGCAAUGCACCUGUUGGGGCCGAGAGAUUGGAAUUUAGACAAUGCAGAAGCGAGCCCACCAAGCCCAUCUGCAUCGACUGUUACAUGGAUGAGAAUCAUCCGAACUGUGAUGGGUGCCAUCGCCCUUUGCAGGAGAAGGCCAUCAAUGCAAUGGGUCAUCAAUGGCACAAGUGUUGUUUCCUGUGCACCAGAUGCAGAUCGCCCAUGCCAAGUAUGUGUCUUCUUUUAGGAUGCUGAACCAAAAGCGACUAUGAAAUCAACGCGAUUCUUUUGCAGACAACGAGUUUUAUGUAUUAGAUGGUCAGCCAUACGAUGUUGAUUGCUAUUUCAUCAAGAAAUACGAAAAGGUUCUUCAAAUUGGACAGGCACAAAGUCCAGCUCCAAUUGCUUACACCUCAGACUCCUCGAGUACGGUGGUCUCAACGGCCUCUGCCGUGAAUCCCGGUCAAGACGGCAACAAUGUUCUUAAGCUCCAAACUCCACGAGAAGAAAGUGCCAAUGCAAUUGGUGUCAAAGACCUCACAAAAAUUAAUUCCAACGAUGUCAUUGGCAAUAAAUAA